UGGACUUAUGGUGGAGAAGCGAGGGGAGAUCAUGGAGCACAAGACCCACACAGUUCCAUGCUCAUCUCCUGUGCCUACCACCUCAACCCACCAGUCUGCUAUCUAUGCAGUUCGAAGAACCUGCUCCUGCCUCGUAUAGGCUCAACCCCCACCAACUGCGAAAUGUCAUUGCUGUCCACAAUUCAGUGGCCAGUGUGACACCAGCAUCGCUACCAUGGCCAACACCUACCAUGGUCAAUGCCCACCAUGACCAGGCACAGCUCGCCAGUGCCAACCUCACUGGCAUGUCCAGCCAUGGCUCAAUGUUCUUGUUGCCUGUGUCACCAUGAU